ACCGGAGUAAGGCGCGCUUCGUGUUUUUCAGCAAUAAAUUGUUAUGGCACAAUCUUUUUUCCUUGAACGUUUUCUCGCUUCGAAUCGUCACCUGAAUAUAAGCCACUAUCGUCUCGGACUUGGUCGACAGAUUCUGACCCUCGUCACCAGACCCACCUUUACUUGGCAACGCUUCACACGUAGUCACUGCGUCGAUAAAAGGGAAGAACGGUAUGUCGGGAACCAGUAAGUAUCGUUUUCAAGUGUGCUCAGGCAACGAUAGCACGAUUCCUCAUUUUCGCCGCCAAAAUGACGUUGGGCACCCAGGUCUCAAUUUUUUCGUAUUUCGACCCUUCCCGUGUCUUCAGCACAACCGGUGUACGUUUUACGAAUGCCCACGAAUUGCGUCGUGAAGCAAUUGUAUGUACGCGACGCCAUGGAAACCGGUACCGACAGAUUUUGCAUACUUGUAAGCCUCUAGCUGCGUGUCCGUGUCAAUUUUCCGCCCCAACUAUCCGGAAUUCACAGAUUAUCCACCAUCGACUGUCAUGGUAUUCCACUUUUCGGUUGCAGUCAGUGAUGUAGUGACGCUGCAAACGAUCCACGUGGCUCUUGCUUUGUCCCCCACCAUAGUUGUACACCAACUCAAACGCUUGAU